CAGCGCUGAGCCCGCCUGCCAUCUUUGUGGCGAAGAGGUUUGGGGGCCAAAUAAGGGGGCGCUGGAUCGCCUAACCCCCUCCCUGCAAUCUUGAGGGUUUGCACUGGGGUGGUAUAGAAUCUUGGCGUGGGUCAGGGUGGGUGAGAGGUCCACGGAAGGACCUCUCGGGAGAGAUCCCAGAAUCCUGCAAGGAAGGUUCUUCCCUCUGUUCAAGACGAGACUCCCCUUUCUCAAGUGCAAAGCGGCCAGGGCCCCAAGAGGGAGAGGUCCAGGCAGCGCCCCACUGGAAAGGUGCCGGAGGCUCAGGCAGGAAAACCAGAUCUGGGAAGGAAUCCAACAGGUGGAUGCUCAAGAAUCUGGAGAGAAGCUCCGAGAGGCACCUGCCUCCCCUGGAACUGGAGGCGUCAGUUCAGGGCUCUCAGGACCCCUGGAGGAUCAAGCAGAUGCCCCGCCAGCACCGGUGAUGAUGAUCCCAGAAGAGGAAGGCGAGGCGGACGGAGAUGGAGGCUUUCCUCUCCUGCGACAGCCCUCCGAGAGUGGCAGCGUGCGCAAGGGCUGCGACCCUUUGAUUCAAACACAGCGUAGCAAGUUGCAACACCGCCGUGCACGGAUUAACCAGCAGAUCAACAAAGAGAUGAGGAUGCGAGCCGGUGCCGAAAAUCUCUUCAGGGCCACCAGUAACCACAAAGUAAAGGAAACGGUUGCUUUGGAGCUCAGUUACGUCAAUUCGAACCUGCAGCUUCUAAAGGAAGAGUUGGAGGAGCUCAACAGCUGCAUGGGAGCCUACCAAAAUGACAGUGACUCCAUUAGUGUGCCGAUGAUCCCGCUGGGGCUAAAGGAGACGAAGGAACUGGAUCUAGCGGGACCAUUAAAGGAGAUGAUUGGGGACCACUAUGGUGAGGAUGGCGCUUUAUACGAGGCAGAGAUCAAAGAGUUUGUGGAGUUGCGGCAGGCCAUGCGGACUCCCAGCCGAAACGAGGCAGGCCUGGAGCUGCUGAGAGAAUAUUACAGUCAACUUUACUUUCUCGACAACCGUUUCUUCCCACCCAAUAAGAACCUGGGCGUGUUCUUCCACUGGUACGACUCGCUAACUGGAGUUCCUUCGCACCAGCGAGCGCUGGCCUUUGAGAAGGGGAGCGUUCUCUUCAAUAUCGGAGCGCUGCACACUCAGAUUGGAGCACGCCAGGAUCGUACCACCUUGCAAGGGGUCGACUGCGCCAUUGAGGCAUUCCAGAAGGCAUCUGGAGCCUUUAACUACCUGAAGGAGAACUUCUCCAACGCCCCCAGCCUGGACAUGAGCACGGCCUCCUUGAACAUGCUCGUGCGGCUGAUGAUCGCCCAAGUGCAGGAGUGCGUCUUUGAGAAGGUCCUUCUGCUCCCAGCCCAGAGCGACUUCCUCACCUGCCUGCAGCUCGCGCAGGAAGCAGCGAGGGUGGACGAGGUUUACUCUUUGGUGUAUCAGACCAUGGCUCAGCCCCACGUGAAGGACUACGUCCCGUUCUCGUGGACCACCAUGGUGCUUGUCAAGUCGGAGCACUUCAAGGCCCUCUCGCACUACUACGCCGCCAUUGCCCUUUGCGACUGCCCGCCUGCGUCUGAUGUGGAUCUCGCAGACCAUGAAAAGGCCUUCCUCCAGUUCCACGUCAGCGUGCCAGAGGGGCCAGCCCUUUGCCAGCUCUUGCAGGACCGGGAAGAGCGAAGGAAACUGGGAAAGGCACACCUCAAGAAGGCCAUCAUGAGGCACGAGGAAGCCAUGCGGCUCCACAGCCUGUGCAAGAUCCUGAGGAAGAUGGACAUUCUCCAAGAGGUGCUGUGCUUCGCCCACAAGCGCUCGCUCAGCAAGUAUGCGGAGAUUGAUCACGAGGAGGACUUCUUCGAAACUGUGGAUGCUCCGGACAUCCACCCCAAAACGCAUCAGAGACCAGAAAUCAAAUCCCCCAACUUCUCCAAGGUGAAGGUCGUGGACAUCUUCCACAGACUGGGCCCGCUGUCUGUUUUCUCUGCUAAGAACAAGUGGCACCCCCCACGGACGGUUCACCUGGUCCGAGGAGAGAAGGGCUUUGGGUUCACCCUCCGAGGGGAUUCUCCAGUCCUCAUUGCAGGAGUUGUAGCCGGAGGCUGUGCAGCGGAAGCCGGCCUGAAAGAGGGCGACUACAUCGUCUCCAUCGGCGACAAGGAUUGCAAGUGGUCCAGACAUGCCGAAGUGGUGCAGUUGUUGAAGGUCAUUGGGGAAGAGGGAGUGGACAUCAGCGUGGUCACGCCGCAGCCGUCCGAUGGGCAGAGCACAGCGGACAAGAAGCUGUCGGCAAUGUCUUCGGGGGCUGGCGGUCUGGUGAAAAGCAAUAAGGAGAACCGGCGGAAGAGCCUCCUGCCCGGCAAGGGGGCCGGCACGCUCCUGGCGUGGGGCAGGAGGGGCAAGCGUGGCACGUUCGGCCUCCCCUUCUCCACCGUCGGGGACAAUGAAUUGGCCUGCUGAGCAGCCUGGCUGCCCGGGCAGGAGGUGGGCGCCCCCGCAAGGGCAAACACCCAAGUCUCGGCCAUGGUGGAGCCUGCUCUCAUCAAGGACAGGGGGCCACAAAACUGGAAGCCCGGAGGUCUUUGGGAAAGUGCCUGGACUGCCAGAAACCGAGUCUAAGCAUGCAAACUCCCAUUGCUGACUUGAGUGUCUAAAUUCCAGAUGCUGCAGAGGAAUUACAGGGGAGAACCCUGCUGCCUGGCCACAUCUGGCCUGGAACUGCUGGAAACGGGAUGCUUGCUUAGAAAGACCUUUGUGCCGAUCUCACAGGGCUCUUUAAAUGAAUGAGGGCUAUCGACCCCAACGGGUUAAAACCUGUUCUUUUCAACGUUCUGAUUUUUCCCUCUGCCAAAACUGCCUCUUUGCCACGGCUGCCAGGCAAGAGGGGGGCAGCGUGGCACAAAGCGCCACGGCCAUUUGGGGCUGGGUUGGCCGGAGGAUCCUGUGUUGGCAAAACAAGCGCGUGCUGCCUUCUCGGAAGUCCUGCGUUCAGUUUUGGGCCACGCCUUUUGAGAAGGGAGGUGAGAGGAUUCCAGCCUGUUGAAAGCCAGGAGGGCUAUUAAAAGGGUCUAGGAGGUGGGCUCUGGCCAGCUGGAGUCGGCAUGGUCUGUCUAGAGUAAAGGAAAAAAGGGGGAAGGUCAGGCAAGCCGCUUCCAGCAUCCCUAUACAGUGAGGAGGGAGACGGGCAAGCGCGGCUCAGCAAGGAGCGGCUGUUGUGGAGUGAUCCGCUGUACACGGCUGUGGACAGAAUCCCCCUUGAAUAAAGUGGGCGUUACUGCUGAGUAAGACUGCAGUGUAAGACGCUGAGAAGCGUAUUAGGAAGCUGCCAGUCCAAACCUCACCCUGGCAUGAAAUUUUGAGGUAGCCUU